GGCACAACAAUGCUCCGCCCACCGGCGUGGGUGUGAGUCGAACUUCAGAGGUAACGCAACACACCCUGGAGGCUGUUCGGGAUUAUGGGAGAACAUUCUAGAGCUUUCUGUGUAUCUGGGUACAAAAUAACGUCCCCGGUUGGUGGACGUUGCCAUUCACAGUGACACUGUCCGUGUGUGUUUAGGAUUAGUGGGACUUUUAAUCGGUCUGGUUGCAUUCGUGUUAUUACCUGUUCGACUUUUCUACUUGUUUCCACCGCUUCUGCCUCCGCACCAACCCCAUUCUGCUGUCGACAUGGGGAAAGAUUACUACGAUGUGCUCGGUAUCACGAAAAGUGCCACAGUAGACGAUAUAAAGAAGGCCUAUCGUAAGCAGGCCCUUCGGUAUCAUCCCGACAAGAACAAGUCGCCGGAAGCCGAGGAUAAAUUUAAAGAAAUAGCAGAGGCGUAUGACAUUUUGAGUGACCCCAAGAAAAAAGAUGUCUAUGAUCGGUUUGGUGAAGAAGGUCUGAAGGGGGGGGGAGGCCCGACGGGGGCCGGGGCGGGGGGUCCUGGUACCUUCAACUACACGUUCCAGGGGGACCCACAUGCAGUCUUUGCAGAAUUCUUUGGUGGACGUAACCCAUUUGACCAAUUAUUUGGCAACCGCAAUGGGGGCUUUCAUGAGGAAAUGAACCAGGAGGACCCUUUCGCCCGCUUUGGGAUGUCCGGUGGUGGGCUGGGAGGUCUCCCUCGCUCCUUUAGCAGUGGGAUGGGGGGGAUGGGUGGGAUGGGGGGGAUGGGAGGUGGCACUAGUUUGACCAAACGUCAGGACCCCCCUGUGGUGCAUGACCUCCAGGUGACCCUGGAAGAAGUGUUCUCCGGGUGCGUCAAGAAGAUGAAGAUCUCCCACCAGCGGCUGAACCCUGACCGACGGAGCUGGAGAACCCAGGACAAGAUCCUGGAGGUGGAGAUAAAGAAGGGGUGGAAGGAGGGCACGAAGAUCACCUUCCCCAAGGAGGGCGAUGAGACGCCCACCAACAUCCCGGCGGAUGUUGUUUUUGUUUUGAAGGACAAGCCCCACCCGGUGUUCCGGCGGGACGGCGCUGACAUCAUUUACCCCGCCAAAGUCUCCCUUAGAGAUGCCUUGUGCGGCUGCACUGUGAGGGCGCCUACAUUGGACGGCAGGACGGUAACCCUGACAACCAGCGACAUAGUCCGCCCCGGGAUGAAGCGACGGAUCACCGGAGAGGGUCUACCUCUCGCUAAGUCUCCCGGUCGUCGAGGGGACCUAGUGGUGGAAUUUGAGGUGAAGUUUCCGGAAAGUCUCAGUGCUAGUGCACGAGGGACGAUUUCCCAAGUGCUUCCAACUUCGUAAAGUCCAGCCCCUAUCCCAGAAGGACAUUCAAGACUUUGAAAUGAGCGUUCAAAAAACUGGCUCCAGGCUCCCAUGAUAAAUUGCUUUCACUUUAGAUCACAAGGAUAGUGCAUAUGGACCACCCUGGCAUUUGACAAUGGACAAUAGAAGGGUAGAUGUAAUCUCCUCAAGAACAGUCUUUAAAGUCAGUGCAGUUUGCUCUACCGUCUUCAACAAAGCGUUUGAGAGAAAGUAUUUAUAUUUUUUUAUAAAAUCUAGUCAGAUAAUAUAUCGGGUUAUUCCUAGUUUUAGGAAUAAGUGUGUUUAUAUGGGGGUAUCCAAAUCAAAUGAUUAUUGUUUCUUUAGUUGUAUUAAGGGGCAAAUUAAUUAAUUCAUGCUUUUUGUGGGGCUUUGUGCUAAUAGUUGAGUUUCUUUGUCUGGUUUCACUCAACAUGUUUUGGAAUAGAUGUUUACACUGCUAAUUGGUGCUUGCGGUUGUCAUAACGCAACACUCCUGUUUGUGUUUAUAUGUUGACAUGAAUGUGUACAAUUGUUAUUAAAGGAGAUGCAUUGCUGCCAACCGUUCGAUUUAAGAAGCACAGUGUAUAUUUUUGUCAUUCCAAACUGGCUAAACACAACAACAUGUAUAACUGGAGAUUCCACUUAGUUUUUGUAAUUGGCUCUGGGCAUUAAAACAAGAAUACAUUAAUGUAAAAGACCAAAACUAGCGGGCGAUCCUUUCUAAAAGUAGGAUGCAUUGGAUUUUAAAAGCAUUGUAUACAAUAUUGGUAAAGAUGUCAAAUGUGUG